UUUCCCACCACAAUUUCUGGGCCACCAGGUCAACUGUCCGGUCUUCCACUUCCGCAAUUUCUUCGCAGGAGCAUAAUAGUCUCGUUCCUACACAGAACCUUCCUUUCUCUUUUUAUCUUUCUGACUUUUUGACGCGGGACGUUUCCCUCUCUUUUUGUACAUAAGAAUGUGAGGGGUGUAACGCGCAAACUGAAAACUCCCAUCAUCUGCUACUCCGUCGUCGUCGCUGUGGAUACUAACUUCAUGUCAGUUUCAGAAGCGAUCGCCACAGAUUUUUGCUGGUUUUUCCCGAGGAUGGUGUUCGCGAUGCGUUCCUGGUCGGCCAACAGCGAUUCAGACACCGAGAGUGGAGGCAGGAAAUUGAUGCUGGAGCUCAAAUUGAGGGCGAAGUCUCGUCCCAGUGACAAGAUCAUAAGGAAAGCCAUGCGAGUACUAUCACAAUCGCAUUCAGGUGUGGAUACUAUUCGCUUUGACGGAAAAGAAUGGACAUUCACGCUCGUUGGCCAUAUUAAUCCAGUUGAGGUGGUGUUUGAGCUGCGGAAGAUUUGCGUCAUAGAAAUCAUGAGCGUGGCGAUCCUGUCUGCACGAAAUGAUAGCUUCCCUAUGACAGAGAGAAUCACUGAGCUAAUACUCAUUGGGGACACUGACCCGGAAAGGAAUAGAUCUGUGGAGAUUCUGACACCUGAAGAGCAACAAGAACAGUCGGAGAAGCGGCAAGAAGGCCAACCCCUACCGGGACAAGCUGAUUCUUACAUAUCUCAAGUAGAAGCAUCGCCAUUUUCUCAUCCUCAUCAUCCUCCAUCUCUCCCUAUUGUUUCCGAGUCUCAACCUUCAUCCUCGGUCUCCGGUCCAUCUCAAGGAACAUCAGAUCAGAUGCAAGCCCCUCCUGAUCACGCCCCUGAACUUUCGUUCCCUUUUGCUUCAUCCUCUUCGUGCAUUUUUCAUAGCGAGAGUCUUGUGGACGUCCCGGCACAUUCAAGCAAUUCUGGGGGAGCUUGCCGUCCCAAGGACAUGAAACUUAUGGAGGAGGAGGGACUGGGAGGGCAUGAUAAGCUUUAUGAAUCUGCCAUCCGCCACCUCCAUUCAGGCAUCAACAUCAUUGGUGAGCUCAAGAGGCAUUACGACCUUCGUGCUGGAGAACAAGCCAGCCGCGUCAAGGAGGCGGACGACACUGCCAUCAUGCUGCGUAAGCAUGUGGAGGAACUUGAGGCCAAGUUGUCGAUGGCCAACAUGUCGGAGCGUCGUCUGAUGGAUAUGCUCCGUGUGAGUGAGGAUAGGCAUGUUGGGACAAAGAGGGAAUUGGCUCUUAUGCGAGAGAAAAUGGACGAGGGAAAUCGCCGGAUUGAGUACUUAGAAGCUGCGGUUUCCAGAUACCAGGACAGGAUUGUUGUGGCCGAAAUAGAGAAGGAGAAAGCAGAAGAGAGGGCGUGUAGGGCUAGCAUGAGUACACCUCGUCCGAGCCCUGCGGCUCCAAGGAGUGCCUCCCUGAGUUUUGAUCCUUUUCCCCAGUCCUUGUCCGACAAACCAGGAGGUGGGCAAGGAAAGCGCUCCUUAUCUUGAGCUCUCUCACUCAUUUAGAUAACCUUGAAUAAUAAGAAGAUUAGGAAUGUUUUUCUAAAUAUUCAUCCGGUAGAUUUGGGUGCUUAGUUAGGAAAUUGAAUUCAAUUAGGCGGAAAUUCGUACUAAUGGGAUCGUUGUCGUGCCAAAUGUUAGAGUGAAACAAUGGUGAAGCUAGUUCUUUUUUUUUUUUUUUUUUUUUUUUUUUUUUUUCUGUUUGUGCAAUGUGACAGUAUAGUUGGAACUAUUCUAACACGUGAGGAAGUUGUACAUACUUUUAACGGUUCUCUUUUGAAGUUUCGCCCCCUA